GCCUCUACGCCGGAGGUUGCUGGUGGCGGAGGGGGGCGGGGGCGGCGCGAGCGAUCGAGCGUGAGCGUGAGACCCGCUCCCGGGAGCCGCGAGAACCUCGCCCGGAGGUGGAGGAAGGAGAAGGAACAGCCCUAUAAAAAGACCGGCCCAAGCCCGGCCUGGGAGCUGCCGCCUCUGGGAGGAAGCGGCCUUGUCGUUGUCGCCUUUCCUCCGCCUCUUCCAGCGCCCGUCCCCCUCCCACUCCCUCCUCCCAUUUCCCGAGCCCCUCGGCGUGUCUCGGCCACGCUCCACGCCGCCGAAACAAAGGAGGGAACCGGGGAGCGAAGGCGGUCGCGCGAGCUCGGACCCCCGGACUUUCGCUCGCGCGCCCGGUUCCGGGGCAGCCAACGGCACCUGGGCGCUGUGGAGGAGACGGCGCCCGAGGAGGAGGCGCCGCUGGUGCUGCCGCCUCUGCCUCCGCUGGUGGGCGCGAGCUCCGCCCGGGACCUGCCCCGCUGCACGCGCCUCGCCCGGCCCGGCUCCAGCGCUGCAGCCGCGCGCCCUCCCUCUCCCGCCCCUCCUCCUCCAAGCCGUCCCGGAGGCAGCGCUGGGCGCCCUUUUCACCUCCUGCAGCUUCUCCUCACUCCCAUCUGGAUUUCGCGGCCGCUUGGAACCCACCCCCCCAGAGAAAUGGCUCAGGAGACAAACCAGACCCCAGGGCCCAUGCUGUGUAGCACAGGAUGUGGCUUUUAUGGAAAUCCUAGGACAAAUGGCAUGUGUUCAGUUUGCUACAAAGAACAUCUUCAACGGCAGCAGAAUAGUGGCAGAAUGAGCCCAAUGGGAUCAGCUAGUGGUUCCAACAGUCCUACCUCAGACUCUGCAUCAGUUCAAAGAGCAGAAGCUAGUUUAAACAACUGUGAAGGUGCUGCUGGCAGCACAUCUGAAAAAUCAAGUAGAAAUGUGCCUGUGGCCGCUUUGCCUGUAACACAGCAAAUGACAGAAAUGAGCAUUUCCAGAGAGGACAAAAUUACCACACCGAAAACAGAGGCAUCAGAGCCAGUUGUCACUCAGCCAAGUCCAUCAGUUUCUCAGCCUAGUACUUCUCGAAGUGAAGAAAAAGCUCCAGAAUUGCCUAAACCAAAGAAGAACAGAUGUUUCAUGUGCAGGAAGAAAGUUGGCCUUACAGGGUUUGACUGCCGGUGUGGAAAUUUGUUUUGUGGACUUCACCGUUAUUCUGACAAGCACAACUGCCCCUAUGAUUAUAAAGCAGAAGCUGCUGCAAAAAUCAGGAAAGAGAAUCCAGUUGUUGUGGCUGAAAAAAUCCAGAGAAUAUAAACUAAAUUACUUGUGAAGAGACUGAAUUUUGUUUUUGUUUUUAUUUUAAUAUAUCGUAGGAAAACAUUAAAGAGCAGAUGCAUGGCAUUUUCCUUUGAUGUUCUCCAGAGUUUUACUUUAAAUUUGUCUGUCUUAUAAUUGAUAUUUUAGGAUGUUGGAUGUUUGUAACAGGCAGAAUUGGAUAGAUACAGCCCUAUAAGUGUAUAUGCCCUCCCUCUGAAUAAAAUUGGAUAAUAACCUGCACCAUAAAUUGAAAUGCACAGAUAUUGGAGACAAGAGUAUUUAGUUCACAUGUGCCAAACAAAUAUGUAAAACCUGCAUGUUUGCAGCAUAUCUGCCUUUUGGGAAUGUAAUCAAGGUAUAAUAUCUUUGGCUAGUGUUAUGUGCCUGUAUAAAAAAAAAAAGGUACACCAGAACAAAGACUGUCAGUCUACUUUUACCAUAGUUAAACUUUGCCCUGUUAAUUUCUACAGCUCAUUCUUUUGAAGCAGAAAGUAAGCUAAAAGAUCAGACCUUUCAGUGAAAAGAAUAUUUUUGGUGCCAUAUAAGCCAUGGUCUACUAAAUGCUGUGAAAGUAAGACAUUCUGACUUGAAGGGUAAAAACAUUGAAAUGUUAUAUGGGAAUAAAUUCAACAACUGACUCAAAGAUUUGAUUCUGUCUCUGAACAGUGUGCUGGCCUGCACCAGAAGAUUUGUCUGCUUUACUCUUGUGUAGCUAAAAUGUUUGUAUAGCACAAUACUGGUAGUAGGGUUUUUUGUUUACAAGGAGAAAUAAACGCUUACAUGGUUUUACAUACAGCAGCUUUAAUCAAAUUACGUGCAUCUGAUGAAUCUUACUUUGCUAAAGGUAUUUGAACAGUUUGAUUUCUUGUGUAUAUCUUCUGUUGAACGUGUUUUGGGUUCCAGAAAGGUUGUUUAAAGCUUUUAAAAACUUCAGUUUUCAAUGUAAUUGCACCCUUCUGCAUGGAAAAAAAAAACCAUAACCAACAUGGCUUAAGUGGUACCCAGAACCACUCUCAGAGGGCUGCUUUUAUCAUUUUAAUUGUACUUGGGUGUAGGAUUAUAGUUGUUCUUGGGUGUAUUGCAUGGGCUGCAUUAUCUAAAGCAUUGUACAAUAACAACUCUAGAAAAGGCAGUAUACUUCACUGAUGCUUGUCUGGUAAUAUCACUUCUGUGUUAUAAUGGAAGGGUUUCUUUUGUGAUGUAUGAAACUUGUGGUUUUUUUACAUAUAAACAAGUACAGUUUAGACUAGUGU